AUGAUGUAAAAAUAAUUGGUAUUUUUCGUUUUAUUAGCUUUUCUUAUUUAGAUAAGUUUCGCAUUUACCUAAAAUAACUCAACUUAGGAACCUAUUAAAAAGGAUUGGGUUUUAGGUAUGUAUGAGCCUUAAGAUUUCUCUGCAUUCAAGAAUGUACCCUAGAAUUUAACAUACUAAGAACCAGGAAAGUUAUAUAUGCUUCAUUAAGAUGCAUUACAUGCUUUCGAGAGGAUGCAUAUAGAAGCUAAGAAAGAUAAUAUAACCCUGAUAUUAAUAAGUGCUUUAAGAAAUUUUUCAUACCAAAAACGAAUUUGGUAAACCAAAUUUUAGCAGUUAAAAAACGGAGAUCCUCUUAAAACAGAUGAAUAAAUUGCUCUAGAAAUUAUGAAAUAUUCUGCUAUGCCUACAACCAGUAGACAUCAUUGGGGUACUGAUAUGGAUAUAAAUAGUGUGGAACCUGAGUAUUUCGAAUCAGGAUAAGGUUUAAUAGAGUAUAACUGGCUAAAAAAAAAUGCUAAAAGAUUUGGAUUUUGUUAACCUUAUAGUCCUAAAAAUGAUGGAUCUAGAGAUAGAGGUUAUAAUCUUGAAUAAUGGCACUGGAGUUACAUGCCUAUUUCUUAGUAAUUACUCUAAUACUAUAAAGAUAAUAUAAGUUAUGAUGAUAUUCAAGGUUUCUCUGGUUCAUAAGAUGCUUCCAAGAUUCGUUCCAUCCAAGACUACGUAUUAUCUAUUAAUAAAGAGUGCUUAAACUGGAAAUAAAGUCAUGAAUCUUAUUGA